GGGUCAGGCAGAGGGCAAAGGGCAGCGCCCCGGGUGAGGUAGAGCGAGGAUUAGUAAUGGCGGCGGCGUCUGGGGAGCCCGGGAGGCCCUGGCAUGAGGAGGUGGCGGCAGCGGUGGUGGUAGUGGGCUCCUGUAUGACCGACCUGGUCAGUCUUACUUCUCGCUUGCCAAAAACUGGAGAAACCAUCCACGGACAUAAGUUUUUCAUUGGCUUUGGAGGAAAAGGUGCCAACCAGUGUGUCCAAGCUGCCCGGCUUGGAGCAAAGGCAUCCAUAGUCUGCAAGGUUGGCAAAGAUUCUUUUGGCAAUGAUUACAUAGAAAACUUAAGACAAAAUCAUAUUUCUACAGAAUUUACAUAUCAGACCAGAGAUGCUGCUACAGGAACUGCCUCUAUAAUUGUCAAUAAUGAAGGCCAGAAUAUCAUCGUCAUAGUGGCUGGAGCAAAUCUGCUUUUGAAUACUGAAGACUUGAAGAAGGCAGCCAGUGUCAUUAGCCGAGCCAAAGUGAUGAUCUGCCAACUAGAAAUAAGCCCAGCAACUUCUCUGGAAGCUCUAACAAUGGCCCGCAGCAGCGGAGUGCAAACCUUGUUCAACCCAGCUCCUGCCAUGGCUGACCUGGACCCCCGGUUCUAUACCCUCUCCAGCGUGUUCUGCUGUAAUGAAAGCGAGGCUGAGAUCUUAACAGGCCUCGCAGUGAAUAACGCCACCGAGGCUGGGAAGGCUGCAUCGGUUCUCCUCGAACGGGGCUGCCAGGUGGUGGUCAUCACCUUAGGGGCUUCAGGAUGUGUGACACUGUCACAGGCGGAGCCUGUUCCAAAGCACAUUCCCACAGAAGCAGUCAAGGCUGUGGAUACCACGGCCCCCUCACUGAAAUGGACACCUACUGUUUAAGCUAGGGAGCCUGGCUACCCAGCAAGCAGGACCCGGCUGUCUCUGGCCCAGUGUGCAGCCAUGCCCAACUUUCCUGUGGAUUUCAGGCCAGGUCCUUGGGCUUUCACAGCACGCUCUCGCCUCCUGAGUUCUCUCCCCAGCCCCCCUCCUGAUUUCUGAGAUAGACCUUGUGUAUUAGCCUGCCGCUCACCAAGCAGGGUAGGCCAGCUGGCCAGCAAGCCCCAGGGUCCGCCUGUCUCCAUCGCUCUAGUACUAGAAUCGCAAGGGCACACCAUCAUGCCUGGCUUUGAUGUGGCUUCUGGAAUCAGUGGGUCCUCAAGCGUGCAAGGCCAGCACGUUGCCAACAGCCACCUAUCUCCCCAGCCCACCCGUGUGCCCACAGUACUUUACAAAUGAAGAGGCGGGAGAGUCAACAGGGAAAGGUGGAGACUUACCUGACCUCUCUGAAGGGUUUAGCCAGGUGGGGUUGGUGACUGCCUCAGUCAGCGUUAAAAACAAAAGGAAUCGGCUGUGUCCUGCCACCGACCCAGCCCAACAGCCCUUGCUGCCAAGGUCCUGAGCCUCAGCUUCCACGCAGUCAGUCAGAGCCACUAAGUGUUCUCUCCAGUCCCCUCGGCGUUCAAGUGCCAGGCCUGCAGGAGACCUGCAGGAGAGUGUCACAGUGAGCUGGAGUUUUGGCUGGUUUGAUUUUUUAAAUCCUUCAAGUCUUUAAUUUCUAUUUUAUAAAGACGACUUGGAGACUGCUGCUCUGCUGCACACCCUUCAUUUCGCCCACUGGUAAGGAGCUGUCACCUUUGUUCACUGCUCCGCCUUGCGCAUGCGCCUGCCGCACACCGUGUGUGGUCCGUGUGCGCUCUGUUCCAUCCCUCUCCACCUGGAGGCAGCAUCUUCACUAAACCGGAGCCAGCAAGCCAUGGCGGCCCUCCUGACUCUGCCUGCUCACCCACACAGGGCCGUCACAGGCGGCACACGGCCACAGCCUGCCUUUUAUCUGUUUCUGGAACCCUGAACUUGGGUCCUCGUGUUUGAACAGAUCCUCUUAGCUGUUCUCUAGCUCUGAGCUAUUGAGAAUAAGUUGCCAACAGUAUAAUUUCCCAUACAGUUGAGGAUGGUCUUGAACUGGUGAUCCUCCUACCUCUACUCCUAGGUGCGGGGAUUUUUUACAGGCGUGUACCGCCAGCUCCAGCUUCAGAGGUACUAGGGAUCCAGCCCAGGGUUUCAUGUGUACUGGACAAGCACUGAACAUUCCUAGGCUAAUAAUUUUCAUUUCUUAUUGUUCGCUGUUAUUAUCCAGAAAUACAAUCUUCUUAAAAUUUCUACAAAAAUCAUUACACCAUCGUCACAGAAUUUUCCUUCUUUCCAAUCUGCACACCUGUUCUUUUCCUUGCCUUUCCACACUGGCUAUGCACUCCAUAACAACACUGACAAAAGUGACAACAGACUACCCAGGGCAGGUCCCAGAACGAGGGGAAAAGCAUUGCUCUUCCUCAAGGUGAGGCCCAUAAGAGAUCUGUUCAUAAACGCUCCCUCAGAAAAUCAAACCACACCUUCUAUUGUGCUAAUAGAAAGUUUUGAAAAAUAUAUUUAUAUUGAUUUUAAAAUAAGUGUCUUCUUAGUCUUGCAUUCGUUCUUGGACAUUUUCUACUUGGUCGCAAUGGCUGUGCACGCGUUUCUAUGUCUAUAUUCCACUUGCUUAAAAAUCCAUGUGGAUAUUGUUGCAUUUGAUUAGUUUUUCUUGUAACACCAUAGUCUGCUUCUGGAAGCAUGGCAAUGCUCACCUGGUAAAGCAGCAGAGAAAUGUCCCCUUUGGCCCUCUGUGCUCACAGAAGCCUUCUUACUUACUUAAUUUUCCAAGAAUUAAUUCUGCAGGGAGGAUACCUGGCAUUCUUAGUGGAAAACCCCUGAUUUUAGGUAGAGGAAGAGUGUUCCUUUAGAGUCUCCAAGGGCACAGUGCAUGGCAUGAGGAAGGAAGGGAAAUUAAGGUAUGAAAACCCCUGUGACCUAAAUAAUGCUUCCAGCAGAUUUACCAGUGUUUCCUCAGCUUUGUCAGUAGUAAAACAAACCAAUGCAAGUGUUGGCAAUACAAUGUUUGUAGUGACCAAUACAGUAUUUCUUUCCAUUCUUUUUUGAGGCCUAUUUGUACAUCUUCAUGAAGUAUAUUAUUGAAAUUCAAUACAUGCAUAGUGUAAGAAUCAAAUUAAGAUAAAUUUUUCAUAUUUUCUAGACAUUUUUAAUUUAUCAGAUUAUGGGGGAGGGGUUUCCUUUGUUGUUGUCGUUUGGGGGUUUGGUUUUUAUUUAGUUUUGUUUUGGUGGUGGUAGAUUUUUAUUUAGUUGGUUGGCUGGUUUUUGGGUUUUUGAGACAGGGCUUCUCUGUAUAGCCCUGGCUGUCCUGGAACUCCUCGGUAGACCAGGCUGGCCUCAAACUCAGAGGGCUCCAUCUGCCUCUGUCUCCCAAGUGCUGGGAUUAAAGGCAUGCCCAGCUGCCACUAUCCUGCUGUUGUUUUGUUUCUGAGAUACAAUCUCACUAGUUGGACCUGGCUAGAAUGGAACUCAUUGUGGACCAGGUUGGUCUUGAACUGGUAAUAACUCUCCUGCCUCAGCCUCUGGAGUGCUGGGAUUACAGGUGUAAGCUAAUAUGCUUGGCUUUUCAUGUUUUCACAAUAUAUCCUUCAGCUCACAGUUGCUCUGGCCUCAGACCCUCCCGUGUCAUGCUGCUAUGCUGGGAACCUGAAGAGUCCUGAGAAUGUCAUUCUCUCCCCUGCAUCCUUUAGAAAGAAUGAACUUAGCAAAGCACCUAGGAGCUCAGAAAAAGAGGAAAAGGAAAGGGGAGGGGAAGGGAGGACAGGAGAGGACAAGGGAGGGGAUCUACACCUGCAUUACUAGGACUCCUUGGCAAAUUUCAUAUUUUCCCAUGUUGCCUUUGUGAACGGGGUGAAAUGACCUUCCUCGACUCCUGAGCUCACUCCCCCUGCCCAAUGUCUUUGUUCUGUGAGGCCUGACUUCUCCCUAGAAAUCCACAUUAAAACUCUAGGGAGGUUUCCUAAUUACCCUAAUUACACCUGGCAUGGUAGCACAAGCCUGUAAACUGAGUGAGGCUGAGACAGGAGGAUCACAAGUCCAGGCCAGCCUGGACUAGAUAACAAGAUCCAGACCAGCUGUGGGCUGCCUGACUAUCACUCAUAACACCACACCCUGGACCACUUACGAAGUCUGCCGCAAUGUUUAACACUUACCCCACGUGAGUUCUGCACACCCCUUUUUAGCCAGGUCUCACGAUGUGGACCAGGCUAGCCCUGAGACCGUAGUUUCUGCCUUUGCCUACUGGUUAAACCCUGGGGUUAAAGUUCUUCACCACCAUGCCUGGCUGCAUCUCUUCUCAGCGGCCAUCACUGUGGCAGACACACAGUGGAUGUUUCAGCUGUGACAGAAACAGCUGCACGUCAGGGUUCCUUGCAGUGGUUACAGCAGCCACAAGAACUGUGAAAACUAGAUCUCGGGAGUCAGCGCUGGUUGUGGGGAUGACACUGGAAAAUGCCUCUGAGAGCAGCAAACUCCAGAAUUUCCGGUGAGACUCUACACUCGGGCUUGAACUUGUUUUAAACAUUGGUUACGUGAACACAUGACUUGGCGUCCCCUGAAGGCACUGACGAUCAGACUUUGGUAGGGUAGUUUGGUUCCUCUGUGACCUUCUCCAACACAAACCCUGGGAAUGGAAACAAAGCUGCUUCUCCCCGUAUUUGGCUUGAGACUAGCAUCCGAAUGGCUCUCACUACUCUUUGCAUUCAUUUUUUCAUAGAGACAUGACUAAUUUUAGGGCUAAAAGGGGAAUAUAGAAAUGAGCCUGGGGCAUCUUAUUCCAGAAAGCAAGCAAGAAAAAACAAAACGAUGGAGAUCGUGUAAGAGACACACACAGGAGGCAGCUGAGAAGAGCCCAAUUGCCAAUGCUGGGAUGAAUGGGAACAAAUAAAACAUUAGUUACAGCCCAAAGAAUGAGUUCAUGUUGAUACAAAUGAUUAAGUAAGUGAGGGGAGGCAAAUUUUGAAUGCAGAACUCCAAUUUAUGUCAAUAGUAAGUUCAGAGUGGAACUCUACUCACUUAAGAACAGUGUCUGGCAAGGGAUAUAACUCAGUUACAGUACCUGCCUAUUAUGUAUGAAGCCAUAGGUUCAGUCCCCUGGCACCACUAUAUAAACCUGGUGGUGUGAUUUAUGCCUGCAAUCCCAGCACACAAGAGGUAGAGGAUGGAGGAUCGGGACUUCAGGGUCAUUCUUGGCUACUUAAAGAGCCUUUGAAGCCAGACGGAGCUAUAGAAGAUGCUCCUCAGUGGGAAGGGGUAGAGGAUUGGAUCCUUGGCAAUUGGCUGAGAGAGUAUAUGAAAAAAAAGGAAAAUGACUUUAGAGAAGCCACUCAGCCACAUCACAGCACACAUCCUUGCUUUGAUGUGACAAUUUAGAGAGAAAUCCUAUAGCCAGGCAUGGUUCUACACACCUGUAAUCCCACAGAGGCUGAGGCUACCCUCCAUUACACAAUGAGACCCUAUUUCUCCUGACUGAGGCAGUCUGCAAAGUAGCUGACCUCUUGAGCUGUCAUCAAAAACACUGAUACAAAUACAAAAGCUGUCAUAACCCACAGGCGUGGAAACAUGACUGUAAAAUGUCAUCCUGCAUGGGAUGCUGGAAAGAAAAGGGACACUGAGUAGAAACUAGUAAGAUCCAAAUAAAGCAUGAUGUUCUGUUAAUACUGUCAUUAUUUCGUCAGUUAUGGUAAGUGUGCCACAUCUGGAUGUUAACAUAGCUGGCCUGGAGUGUCUUUGCUCCUUUUCUGGACUCUGAAACUAUUCUAAAAUUAAAAGGAUUGGUUUGGUUCAGGUACCAAGGCUUGAACCUGCAGCCUCCCAAGUACUGGGCAGGUUCUCUAUCACUGAGCCACAGCUUGGCUGCACACUU